CAGAGUGAGACUCUGUCUCAAAAAACAAACAAAAAGGCUUCCCAGCAGGGCUGGUGCCACAAGUGCCAUGGCAGUGGCAGCGGCAGGUGGAGCGGUUGAGUUUCCUGGCCGCUUUCAUCAAAUUGGGUCAGAGUUAUCCAGAGACGGCCAGCACCGUCUCGCCAAAUCUCCAGGCUCCCCACUGGUGGGUCAGCAGCAGCUGGUGUGACGAAGCUCUGGCCCCUGGGAGCUCAGCUCCCCCGGGGCAGCUCUGCAAGGGCGCUUUCCUUCUUCCCCAAAGCUCUGCUUCCUUUUUCUUCUAAGCUGCCAUCACUUGAUGAAGUCCCUGGGCUUCCCUCCUCCAGAGCUGGCCGGGCAGUGAAACAUGUUCCCAAGACCAGCCAGCUCCCAGAUCAUUUGCCUCAAAGUUUCCCUCAAAGUGACAAACGUUUCAAGGAAUCUCAAAUUUUACAGUUUGAAAUGUGGGCAUUGGUGGCACAUGGCUGUGUCUUCUCUCUGUAGCUGUUUUCUCCCUACAUCCGUGAAAGGAAGCUGAGCCUGCUCCUGCCUCCGCAGCUCUCUCUUUUCCAGCGCCCAGGGCAUGGGGUGCUAGAUGUGACCGUGCUCCUGGUCUCCAGGCUCAUCUCCCUCUGUCCUUUGGCCCACAAAGGCCCUGGCCUAUUUGUGCUAAACAGGCAGUCAGACCCAGAAAGAGCAGGCAGUCUCUCUGGAUCACUAGUCUGGCUGGGAGCCGGUCUCCUGACUGGGAUCUAGACCUUCUCCCCUGCCCACGUGAAUUCCCAGGGGCAGAGCCUGAAGUGUUGAAUACAGCACUGGCCAAAGAGAUGUCACCGUGGGAACAGGCCCUCUCCCCCGCCUGCUUUCGCGGGCUCGGAGGAGCUGAGGUUUGUCUGAGAGGAGGUGGAGUGCUGGUUUUCACCCUGAUUUGUGUAUUUGCUUUGAGGGCACUUAGAAGCCCAGCCCAGGCCUUGCUCCCACCCUGCACACAGUGGAGCGACUCUUCUCGAUACGCUUUUGACGUCUGCAGAAGCUGUAGGUGGCAGGGAGCCAAGAGGAAGUGUGACUGAAACUGUCCACUCAGCGCCCGGCCGGCGUACUAAGAGGGCUUGGUGGGAAGCCAGUGCUGGUGUCGGCUGAUGCGCGCAUCGGGCCUCAGGGCUGUUUGCUGUCCCACUUCCUCACCGUCCGCCUUCCUCCCUGGCCCCGGGACUUGGGGGAGGUGCUGGUCCUGGCCUGUCGGGGCACUGUUCUCUGCACGCCCUCACUCUUUUCCCAGAUGAGCUUCCCUUCAUGGGAAGGGUUUCCAGCCCCUGUCGCCCUGAGGGGCUCACAGCCCUGGAGAGGGCAUCUGGAGCAGUCAGAACACAGGGAGCUUCUCUCUCCCGAGGCGGCCCCCAGCCCAGAGAGCCCGCGCCUGUGGGAAGCCCAGGAGGCCCUGCCCUGGAGCAUGUGCUGUGCUGGGCCCUGUGCUCAGCGCUUUGUAGCCAUUCUCACCUCAGACCUCACAGCCGCCCAGUGAGGGACCUUUCUAGAGAGGAAGCCAUGCCCUGGCCUUCAGUCCCGUGUCUGGGUUCUCACAGCUAGUAAAUACAGAGCCACUAGGAUUUGAACUCAGGGCUACAUGAUUUCAAAAUCCAUGGCACGAAGGAUUCUGAGCUGGUUGGCUUUUUCACAGCUGCUCAGUUCUGUCUUGGUGGGGUGGCCUGCGUUUGGGAGGUGGUGAGACUACAGUGUAAAUUAACUGGGUGGCGCCUGUUGUCCGGUGUGAGCUUGGAUGACUGCUUACCUCUCGGGAUGCUGCAGCUCCCAUCUGUGAAAUGGGACAGCACCUUCUUGAUAAGGUCACAGUGAGGGUUCAUGAGACCCUAUACAUGAGAAGGUUCUGGUCACGGCAGAUGUUUUCAUUGCCACACGUUAGUUGGCUUCGGAGAGCUGAUGUUAGGUAGAUGGGCCCCACCUGAGGAGCAGCCUGGUCCUUUGCUUUCUGGUGUAACCAAAAAAGGCUGCCUUCUGUUCCCCAGAGUUCCUUCUCCCAGGAGGUGGGAGCCUACCUGGAGGAGGCUUGGGCACAGGGAUACCUGCUGGAGGUGGCGGGGCCAUUGUGGGUGUUGGUUGAGCACCUCCCGUGUGUGGGAUCCUGUGCCAGAGCCUGCGGGGAGGUGGCGAGAGACCUGCGUCAUCCGGGCCUGGGACCGCAGCAAGCCCCUGCUCUUCUGCCCAGCCAUGAACACUGCCAUGUGGGAGCACCCCAUCACAGCCCAGCAGCUCCACCAGCUCAAGGCCUUCGGCUAUGUCGAGAUCCCCUGUGUGGCCAAGAAGCUGGUGUGCGGAGACAAAGGUCUGGGGGCCAUGGCUGAAGUGGGGACCAUCGUGGACAAAGUGAAAGAAGUCCUCUUCCAGCACAGUGGCUUCCAGCAGAGUUGACCUGGGACUUCCGGUUGUCCCUCUAUACUCAGAAUGGGUUCAGGCCAAGUUGGUGAAUAGAUGUUGGCAAAACAGCAGGAUUCCUUCGUUUGCUGAAUGGGGGUCUGGCCGGGGCCUACUCUGAGCCUCCCCAGGGAACCGACCUGCUCCAGGGUAAACUGGAUGGAAGGCCCAGGUCUCAGCUUCUUUCAGCUAGGAGAUGGCGGCUGCCUGGAGCCCUCCCGACCUAUUCCUGGAUGGGCGAGGCAGGCCAGGAGAGCAAGCAGUGUUGUCCUCACAGGAGGAGGACCGGGCGACCGGGAACACUCGGCUCUCCAUCUCACCCAGAACGGCUUUUAGAAACAGCACAGCUGGAGAGCCCUGGCCGAGCCUUGGGAGCUUCAGCUCUUUGGCAGAGUGCCCCGGUGCCAUGUAUCAGAGAAGCCUGCGACUUGGCAGGACGCUGAGGUCUCCUGCAGACCAUGUCAUGAGAUUCAAGGUGCUGGGAAAUAAAGAAAAAUGACCAU